UCGCAGACAUCCAGGAAGAGAGUUACAGAAAGUGAACAACGUUUGGACAACGUGAGUUGUGUGAGCUUUUCCUACACAGUUGUUUAGUUCAAUAAAGUCAUCAACAUUCGGACAAUAAUAACGGGCUUCAUGUUACCACGGACAAUACUACAAUAAAAGUGCUCUGACCAUGGCUCUGAAUAAAUCCAUGCAUCCCCGUAAUCGUUACAAAGACAAACCGCCAGACUUUGCUUACCUGGCCUCCAAAUAUCCAGACUUCCAGCAGCACGUGCACACCAGCCUCGCUGGACGACCUGUUGUGAAUUUCAAAGAGCCGGAGGCGGUGCGAGCGCUGACCUGCACCCUACUGAAGGAGGACUUUGGUUUGACCAUCGAGAUCCCUCUGGAGCGCCUCAUACCCACCGUCCCCCUCCGCCUCAACUACAUCCACUGGGUGGAGGACCUCAUCGACGGCCAGAAGCAACCACGCAGGGGCAUCGACAUCGGCACUGGUGCGUCUUGUAUCUACCCCUUACUCGGAGCCACAAUGAACAGCUGGUACUUUCUGGCCACAGAGGUGGACAACAUCUGUUUUGACUACGCUACGAAAAACGUGGAGCAGAACAACCUGUCUGACCUCAUUAAAGUUGUCAAAGUCCCUCAAAAGACUUUACUGAUGGACGCCUUAAAGGAAGAGACAGAAAUGGUAUACGACUUCUGCAUGUGCAACCCUCCUUUUUUUGCCAACCAGCUUGAAGCAAAGGGGGUAAACUCCAGGAGCUCACGGCGAGCUCCUCCAAGCUCAGUGAACACAGGAGGGGUGACGGAGAUCAUGGCGGAGGGCGGGGAACUGGAGUUUGUCAAGCGGAUCAUUCAUGACAGCCUGCAGCUCAAGAAACGCUUGCGGUGGUACAGCUGCAUGUUGGGGAAGAAAUGUAGCUUGGCUCCUUUGAAAGAGGAGCUGAGGAAGCAAGGGGUACCUAAAGUGACGCACACAGAGUUCUGCCAGGGACGGACGAUGCGGUGGGCGCUCGCCUGGAGUUUCUAUGAUGAUGUGAUUGUUCCGUCUCCCCCCAGUAAGAAGCGUAAACUGGAGAAGGCUCGGAAGCCCCUAUCGUUCACCCUACCAGAGGCGGGACUGAAGGAGCUGCAGGCCAAAGCCUCAGCUUUAGGCGGUACUGCCCGCAGCCCUGUGGACAGCAUCACUGCUCUGCUGGAGAAAACACUCACUGACCUGCGGGUGCUACACAAAUGUGUCCCUUGCAGAAAGCAGGAGCAGAGCCUCUUUCUAACAGCUGUGGAGAACACCUGGAUCCACGGACGACAGAAGCGCCGUGAAGGCUCGCGGCAGCUGCGAGAGCUUCCCAGGGCGCCUCACUGCGCUGGAACCAGCUCUCAGACCACUCUGGCCACAGCUGCUGUCACAACCCCAGCAUCUCAAAACCCGUCCACCUCCACACAAAACACCCAGGCUGAUCGCACUCAAAACAAAACGACGUCUGCCCAGGAGCUAGCUGGUCAGCAGCAGCCCGCAGAGCAGAUUGAAAAUGGCGCCUCUUCAAAUGAGACAAGUAAAGAUGUAGUGCACAAUCCAACUGCUGAACAGAAAGAGGUCUUAGAAAAUGCUUCAGGUGAAGAUGUGGACAUGGGGACUUCUACCUGUAGAGAUGCAGAGCAGGAAACAGGCCCACAGGAAGCACCUGCUGCAGCGAGUGAACCGCCCUGUAAGCGACCCCUGGGCCCCACUGCAGCCGAACACUUCCUGUUUAAGUGUCUGCUGAACGUGAUGCUGGAGGAGAGCGACGUAGUGAUUGAGAUGCACUGGGUCGAGGGUCAGAGUAAAGACCUGAUGAACCAACUGUGCACGUACCUGAAGAACACCCUUUUAAGGUCUGUCGCAAAGCCCUAAAUGAUCAGAAAUAUUAUUUUUUUUAGAUUUGAUUAUUGAACUCACUGACUUCUGGUUUAUUCCAGUAGAAAAUCAGUAGUACACAUCAUCUAAUUUACUUUUACUCUGAUCAGUUUCUCUUUUAAGGUAGUACAUACUGUAUAUUGGUGUUUUGUGCUUAAAUUACCGGUAGUCAAAACAAUUGCAAGUAAUGUACAAUUUUAUGUUUUUUACUUCAUGGUGAGUCUUUUAUACAGUCAUUUUUGGUCUGUCAUGGUUUUUGUUUUUUAUUUUACUUACAAUGAUGCAGUACAUUUAAAUGACCAUAAGAGGACAGUGUUUAAGUUGUUUGUAUUAAGAUGAAACCCCUUAAUUGCUUAAUUAAACAUGGUCUUUGUGAAUUAA